AGAACUUGUAAGAUUACUACAUCCAUUUUGUGCAGCUCUAAAUAAAUUACAGAGGGAUAAAGCAUGCUUAGAUCAUGUAUUAUACAGUUUUGGUAAAAUUGUUCAAAUGAUACAAGAAAUUCCAUUGGAAGAAUUUAAAAAUCAGAUGUUGAUACGAUUGCAAAAUCGGUGGUUUUCGUAG